GAAAAGUCAACAACUGGGAGGAUGAAGAAGCUCCACUUUCCGCUAACCAAUGAGCACAAUAUUGAUUGCCAUGUCUCAGAACAUGCACAAAGGAGAGGUUCCAAGGGAGUGGAAGGAACCUUUGAAUCUUCCUGAUGAUCGUUGCGUAUGGGUGAAGGUGAAGUUAGCUGUAUCUAUGAGUCGUUGAAUCACCAUCAGAGAGUCUGAUUUGCAGAUGAUCUCUUUAUACUCUGCAUUCCACGUAGCCCGGAGUCCAUAGGUAAUCCGUGAAAAAUUUGAAAUUGAGAAGGAAAAAGGGAACCCUAUUGCUAUUUGCUGGUCCUAUUUCACCACACUCUGCGCCGUUCUUCUUCCCCGGUUUCGUCCCUCUGUUCUGCUGAGCAACGAUUUGUUCUCUGGCACAACCGUUCCAGCACACAAUCGAGCGGUGAAAAGUGUUCUGCUUACUCGGGCAAUGCCAAUAUACGAUGCUUGUUUUGUUGAUGGCGAUCCUACUCGAAACUCAGAACUCUCGAAACCUUUGUUUUCUGCAGCGUCCUGCUGCCUAUUCAUGUGUUCAACAGUGUAGCAGUUAGCUCAUUGGUUUUUGGGUGAUUCAUUCAUUUGAAUUGGAAGCUGUGAAAAAUUCAGUGUUCAACUAGAGCAUAAUGGGAUCCAAAAAUGCAAACGGGAAGAACCACAAGGACAAAAGGAAGAAGUUUAAGGAUAAUUUGAAUUCAAAUCAUUCAUCCACUGGUGAUGCCAAGGUUAUCAUUAUCAGUGAUCCUCGAUAUUCAAAGGCUCACACGGAUCCUCGGUUUCGUGAGGCUCCAAAGCGUGAAACGAAGGUGGCCAUUGACUCUCGCUUCAACCGCAUGUUCACUCACAAGAGUUUUUUGCCCUCUUCUGCUCUUAUUGACAAGAGAGGCAAGCCCAAGAACAACCCAACCUCUCAGCUUGGUUCUCUGCGCCAUUACUACAAAGUUGAUGAAAAGGAAGUUGAGCAGAGUAGUGAUGAGGAAGAAGAUAAUGAAGAGGAAUUGGUGAAAGCCAAUCGAAUGAAACUGGAGAGUGACAAAGGAACUGAAUUAGAAGAGACCAGUGAAUCUGAGUCAGAAGAAACCAGUGAAUCAGAGUCUGAUGUGGACACAGAUACAGAUGAAGGUGCAGAUGAGGAAGUUUACGAGGAAGAAGCCUCUGAUGUCCAUGAAGACAUAGCAACGAUUGACAAAGAAACUCAUAGGGUUGCGGUUGUUAACAUGGACUGGAGAUAUGUUAAGGCUGUUGAUUUGUAUGUAUUGUUAAGCUCAUUUGUCCCACCUAAUGGACUGAUCAAAUCGGUAACGGUCUAUCCAUCUGAGUUUGGUCUUCAACGUAUGAAAGAGGAGGAAGUUCAUGGACCUAUUGGUCUAUUUGAUGAUGAAGAUGAAAAAAAUGAUGAAGAUAGCAGCAAUGAUGACAUUGACAAUGAGAAACUGCGUGCAUAUGAGAAGAGCAGGAUGCGGUACUAUUUUGCUGUGGUGGAAUGUGACUCAAGUGCCACAGCAAAUUACAUUUACAAAGAAUGUGAUGGUCUUGAGUUAAAACAGUCAUCAAAUGCACUUGAUUUAAGGUUUAUUCCAGACAACAUGGAAUUCAAACACCCGCCUCGGGAUGUUGCUACUGAGGUACCUGCAAAUUAUGAGUGUAAAGAUUUCUAUUCUCGAGCACUUCAGCACAGUGAGGUUAAUCUUACUUGGGAUGAUGAUGAACCUCUUCGUGCAAAGACAUUGAAACAGAAAUUCACUGAUGAUCAGCUAGCUCAGAUGGAAGUGAAGGAAUUCUUAACAUCUGAUGAGAGUGAAAGUGAUGAUAGCAAGGAUAAUAAUGAGACAGAUGAUCAGCCUGAUAAAAGGGCAAAAAAACGAGCUAAGUACCGUGCUUUGCUCCAGGCCGGUGAUGAUUCAGAUGGAGGCAAUGAACAUGAUAAUGUCCAGAAUAUGGAGGUCACCUUCAAUACAGGUUUGGAAGAUUUAAGCAAACAUAUUAUGGAAAAGAAGGAUAAAAAAUCAGAAACAGUUUGGGAUGCACAUUUGAGGAAAAAAUGUGAGAAAAAGAAAACCAGGAAAAACAAAAGAAAGUAUUCAUCAGAUGAUGAUGAUAGCGAUGAUACUGAUCAAGAGGCAACUGAAGAAGCAGAUGACUUCUUCAUUGAGGAGCCUGCUGUUAAGAAGAGGAAGAAGCUUGAAAAUAAAGACGAAGAACCUAAAGAGAUGAAUGGGCUAGACGAAGCAAGCAAAGAGGAGCUUGAACUGCUGCUUGCUGAUGAUAAGGGGACAGAUACUGGUCUCAAGGGAUAUAAUCUAAAAUUUAAAAAAGGCAAGGGCAAAAGGACGGAGAAUAGUAUUGAUGAGGAGAAGAUACCAAGUAAUGCAUACGAUGAUCCACGUUUUUCAGCGCUUUUCUCACCUGACUAUGCAAUUGACCCUACCAAUCCACAAUUUAAAAGGAGUGCAACAUAUGCCAGGCAGCUAGCACAGAAGCAACAGAAGGAUAAUGCAGAUCCACCAGCGGAAAGGGAGCCUACAAAAGUAAAAGGAAUGCAAUUGUCUUUUGAUGAUUCUGGCAUGAUGAAGAAGGGUGAGGAAGAAAGAUUAGAUGCUUUGAAGUCAACGAAAGAUAAAUAUGAAUUAUCAUCAUUGGUUAAAUCAAUUAAGAUGAAAUCAAAGCAAGUUCAGUUACCCUCUGAUGAUAAGACAAUGAAAGAUGGAAAAUCUCACAUUAAAGGUAUGAAGAAAAAGAGGCACUAGUUCUGAACCUUGUGGUUCAAUUAACACACUUGAAUGGAGGGGAAUUGGCCUCUUUUAUGUGUUGUAGAAACCCAGCAGGGGAAAAAGGAUCUUAGCAGAAUUAUGAAAGAAGUGUAGACAGAAGAUUAGCAAUGGAUGUUCAGGUAGUUUAAUCUUCUGCCAAGACGUUGAAUGUCUCGUUCCUGUUCAAAUCAUCCAUUUUUGUUUUGUUGCAACUAAUUGUAGUACGGCAUAAAUUAAUGAGUUUGAUAUAGUCUUGAAGCUUGCAUCCGUUUUAUGGUUGUGCCAUGAUCACCAUCAUUUUAUUAGCAGUUAUAGCUUUAUGUCAACCUAGAUUUGAAAAUAUUCCUUUACAAUUGACUGCUGUGUUUUCUCUUCUGGGUUGUAUAAUAAAAUUAUUUUUCUUGUUAAGUUUGCACAUAUCAAAGAUUAAGUUGUAUUUUGGUGA